AUGGGAGCCUUCGGACCUAAUGUGUUUGAAGAUGAUACAGCUUGUGACAUACUCGUAUUUAUGACUGGGAAUGAAGUAUACAAGUUAGAUCAAACUUUUGAAGAGCUUCUUGCGUCAUCAGAUAUAGAUCAUUAUCAGGUACAAGAAAUCUUAGUAUUGUCAUUAAUUAUCUUAGCACUGAUUGAUUUUGACAAGUUGGUCAAUUCUGCAUUAAAAAUUGGUUAUAUCGAUGAUAUCACAAGGAUAAUUGCUGGCAAUGAACGAAAGUGGUGUACUAGUAAUCAUAUUGUUGAGUGUAAGAAAUGUCUAGACAAGAUCAAGACCCCUGAGGUAUCGGAGACUUAUGAAUUAUGGGACGAAAGCGGGUCAAUUGACGAAUGGUUGAAAGUGAUUAAUGACAUAAUUGAUCUAUUUCCAUGA